CUUUAAACAGCUUUGUGAAAAUGGCGGAUUCUGUAAUGCUGCAAUCAGCAGUACGCCUGCCGACUCCCCCUCCGGGAACCUCCUACGCGCCACAAGCUGUAUCGUCUCGAAAACGUUCGCCAUCGUCGCGUUCGCCUUCACCAGACCGCCGACGCCCUGCCCCCCACGAUUCUUCUCGAAAUGGGCCCCAAACCGAUCUCGACCGCGAAACUGAAAGGGAUCGUCAAAUGGCCGAGAGAUUCCGUCAGUUUAAGAAGCCCGAUGGCCCCUUGAAGCCUCUCACGGAUGAGGAAAAACAAGCUGCGGCAAAAGCUGAAUAUGAGAAGUUACUGGACAUGCGCUCUGGAGGCACAUAUAUACCUCCUGCGAAACUUCGCGCUCUGCAGGCGCAGAUAACCGAUAAAUCGAGCAAAGAGUACCAGCGGAUGGCUUGGGAAGCCCUAAAGAAAUCCAUUAAUGGGUUGAUCAACAAAGUCAACAUCUCUAACAUCAAAUACAUCGUUCCAGAGCUUUUUGGAGAAAAUCUUGUUCGUGGCAGGGGUCUCUUUUGCCGAAGUAUAAUGAAAGCGCAGGCUGCCAGUUUGCCCUUCACGCCGAUUUAUGCUGCUAUGGCGGCUAUCGUUAACACCAAACUACCGCAGGUCGGACAGCUAUUGCUUACCCGGUUGAUUGUCCAGUUUCGUAAAGCGUUCAAGCGAAACGACAAGGCUGUGUGCAUUUCCUCAACGACUUUUAUCGCUCAUCUAUGCAACCACCAGGUUGCCCACGAGAUCAUCGCUGCGGAAAUCUUAUUUCGCCUUCUUCAUAAACCUACCGAUGAUAGCGUGGAAAUUGCUGUCGGCCUUACCAGAGAGGUUGGACAGCAUUUGGAGGAAAUGAAUCAAGCCAUUGCUCUCGCGGUGUUUGACCAGUUCAGGCAUAUCCUUCACGAAGCGGACAUCGACAAGCGUGUGCAGUAUAUGAUUGAGGUUCUAUUCCAAGUCCGAAAGGAUCGUUUUAAGGAUAACCCUGCCAUCAAGGAUGAACUUGACCUUGUGGAAGAGGAGGAUCAGAUUACACAUUGUCUUGGUCUUGAUGAUGAGCUCGAGGUCCAAGAUGGUCUCAACAUAUUCAAAUUUGACCCACAGUGGGAGGAGCACGAGGAGGCAUAUAAGAAGCUUAAAGCCGAAAUAUUAGGAGAAGGAAGCGAUGACGAGGAAGAAGAUGGAUCCGACAUAACAUCGGAUGAAGAUGAGGAGGAUGAGGAAGAGCGACAAAUGGACAUUAAAGAUCAGAGCAACACCGACCUGGUCAACCUACGACGAACCAUUUAUCUUACUAUCAUGUCCAGCAUCGACUUUGAAGAAUGCUGUCACAAGCUCAUGAAAAUCAAUCUACCGCCUGGCCAAGAAUCUGAGCUGCCUUCUAUGAUUGUCGAAUGUUGCUCUCAGGAACGAACAUAUUCUAAAUUCUACGGACUCAUUGGAGAGCGCUUUGCGAAGCUCAAUCGCCUAUGGGCUGACCUUUUCGAAGCAGCUUUUGCGAAAUACUAUGACACAAUCCAUCGUUAUGAAACGAAUCGUCUGAGAAAUAUUGCCAGGUUCUUUGGGCACAUGCUUAGCUCUGACGCGAUUGGGUGGCACGUUCUUUCCGUCAUCCAUCUGAAUGAGGACGAGACUACGUCAAGUAGUCGUAUAUUCAUCAAGAUCCUAUUCCAAGAUCUUGCCGAAGUACUAGGGAUGCCAAAGCUCCUAGAACGGCUGAAGGAUAACAUACUUCGACCAAGCUUUGAAGGUAUAUUCCCAACUGACAAUCCUCGCAACACUCGGUUCUCCAUCAACUACUUCACCAGUAUUGGAAUGGGUGUUCUCACAGAGGAAAUGCGUGAACACCUUAAAAAUCUUCCGAAACCGACUUUGCCAGCUUUGCCGGCUCCUGCAGACGAAUCCGAAUCCGAAUCUGUGAGCUCAUACUCAAGUUAUUCAUCAUAUACCGGAUCCUCUCGCUCUCUCUCGAGGACGUCACAGAUCCUAUACACCAAGAUCACGGAGUACUAG